CUAUUUUUAGUGGUGGUGGAAGUUAACAGCGAAUUUCGAAUCCAGGUAAGAGAUUAUAACGCCAAAAAUGGCACGAUCAAGUGGCACUCCAUCAGAAGGCAGAAACGUGAGUGGAUCAAGUUUGCCGCAGCCUGUCGCGAGGGUGAAGACAACUCCAAGAGAAAUCCAAUUGCUAAAAUCCAUUCUGACUGUGCCGCUAACCAGAAAGUUACUUACCGCAUCUCUGGAGUAGGAAUUGACCAGCCACCUUAUGGAGUCUUCGUUAUUAAUCAAAAAACUGGUGAAAUCAAUAUAACAGCCAUUGUUGACCGAGAAGUCACUCCCUUUUUCAUUAUCUAUUGCCGAGCUCUGAACUCACAGGGUCAAGACCUGGAGAGGCCCCUUGAGCUCAGGGUCAGAGUUCUGGAUAUAAAUGACAACCCUCCCGUCUUCUCCAUGUCUACAUUUAUAGGGCAAAUAGAAGAAAACUCUAAUGCAAAUACACUGGUGAUGACACUCAAUGCUACUGAUGCAGAUGAACCAAACAAUCUGAACUCAAAAAUAGCCUUCAAGAUCAUACGGCAGGAGCCUUCCGACUCACCAAUGUUUAUUAUCAACAGAUACACUGGAGAAAUUCGAACAAUGAAUAAUUUCCUAGACAGAGAGCAAUAUGGCCAGUAUUCCCUUGCUGUAAGAGGCUCAGACCGUGAUGGCGGGGCAGACGGCAUGUCAGCAGAGUGUGAGUGCAACAUUAAAAUCCUCGACGUCAAUGACAACAUCCCAUAUCUGGAACAGUCUACCUACUCCGUAAGCAUCGAGGAGAAUGCUCUGCAUUCCGAGCUGCUUCAGCUUAGGGUCAUCGAUUUGGAUGAAGAAUAUACGGCCAACUGGAUGGGGGUCAUCUUCUUUAUCUCUGGAAAUGAGGGAAAUUGGUUUGACAUAGAAAUGAAUGAAAGAACAAAUGUAGGAAUUCUAAAGGUUGUUAAGCCCCUGGAUUAUGAAGCAGUAAAGAACCUACAACUUAGUAUUGGCGUUAGAAACAAAGCAGAGUUUCAUCAGUCAAUUAUAUCUCAAUAUACAAUCACAGCAACCGCGGUUUCUGUGACAGUGGUAAACGUAGUGGAAGGCUCAGUGUUCCGCCCAGGUACUAAGACGUAUGUGGUGACCAGUAACAUGGGAGCAAACUACAAAGUGGGAGACUUCGUAGCUACAGACCUGGACACAGGUCUGGCCUCAACAAAUGUUAGAUAUGUAAUGGGAAAUAAUCCAGCUGGUCUACUGGCUGUUGAUUCAAGAACAGGCAAAAUCACUUUGAGAAACAGAGUCACCAUGGAUCAAUAUCAAAUGCUAGGGGGAAGGUACCAAGGAACAAUUCUAUCCAUAGAUGAUGCUCUUCAAAGAACCUGCACGGGGACAGUCAUCAUCGACCUGGACGGCUCUGGCUGGGGCCCGGGCUCUGAAACGAACACGACCAGCGGGGACAGCGGCGGGGGCGGGACCAGCGGGAGCUCGAGCUCGGGUUCCAGUACCCAGGAAAACGCCGGAGGUGACACCAGUACUGACACACAAGACACUUCCACCGGCGACAGCGAUGUCACCACCAACGUCCUCUCCGAUAAUGUGCAUUUCGGCCCUGCGGGCAUCGGACUGCUCAUCAUGGGGUUCUUAGUCCUUGGGUUGGUCCCAUUCUUGUUGAUCUGCUGUGAUUGUGGAGGUGCCCCCGGUGGUGGGGCUGGCUUUGAACCUGUGCCUGAAUGCUCUGAUGGAGCCAUCCAUACAUGGGCAGUGGAAGGCCCCCAGCCUGAACCCCAUGAUGGUUUGGCCACAAUCUGUGUCCCACAAAUACAACCUGGUACUGCAAACCUAAUAGAAUGCAUUGACAAUACAGGAGUUUAUACAAACGAGUACUGUGGCAGAGAAAUGCAAGAUAUGGGAGGAGGAGACAGAACCACAGGAUUUGAACUGAUGGAUGGAGUUAAAACAUCAGCUGCUCCUGAAAUAUGUCAAGAAUAUUCUGGAACAUUAAGAAGGAGUUCUAUGAGAGAGUGUAUGAAUUUCAUGGAAAGUUACUUCUGUCAGAAAGCCUAUGCUUAUGCAGAUGAAGAUGAAGGACGGCCAUCCAAUGACUGUUUACUCAUAUAUGAUACUGAAGGUGCAGGCUCCCCCGCUGGCUCUGUGGGCUGUUGUAGCUUCAUUGGCGAAGACUUGGAUGAAAGCUUCUUGGAUACGCUUGGUCCCAAGUUUAAAAAGUUGGCAGAUAUCAGCCUGGGAAAAGAAAUUGAAGCAUACCCAGACCCUGAUCCUUCUUGGCCACCUCAGACCACAGAAAUCAUUUGCCCCCAGCAAACAGAGCCCCAUGCUACCGGACACCCACCCAUGUCCCCACGCUUUGGCACUACGGCGGUAAUUUCUGAGAACACCUAUCCUUCAGGCCCUGGUGUGCAGCAUCCUUUGCCAAUUUCUGAUCCUCUGGGCUACGGUAAUGUCACUGUGACUGAGUCUUACACCACCUCUGGCACCCUGAAGCCCUCUGUCCAUCUGCAUGAUAACCGGCAUGCUUCCAAUGUGGUGGUGACAGAGAGGGUGGUAGGCCCGAUCUCCGGGGCCGAUUUGCAGGGAAUGUUAGAGAUGCCCGACUUGAGAGAUGGGCCGAAUGUUAUAGUGACGGAAAGGGUAAUAGCACCAGGCUCAGGUCUGCCCACCUCUCUGACGAUCCCUAAUGCCAGAGAGUCUUCAAAUGUGGUUGUGACCGAGCGAGUGAUCCAGCCAACUUCUGGGAUGAUGGGUGGUCUGAGCAUGCACCCUGAGUUACCAAACGCUCACAACGUGAUAGUGACAGAGAGGGUGGUUUCUGGCGCUGGCAUGAGCGGAAUUGGCGGCACCACUGGGAUAGGCGCAGUUGGAGGCAUAGGCAGUAGCGCUGGAGUAAGUAGUGGUGGUGGCAUCGGGAUGGGCAGCUUCAGUGGAGGGGGCGGUCUGAGUCACGUGGGAGGCACAGCCACCAUAGGUCACGUGAGGAGCGCCUCCGACCAUCACUUUAGCCAGACCCUUGGAUCCGCCUCUCCUAGCACAGCUCGAAGCCGAAUCACAAAGUACAGUACGGUACAGUACACCAAGUAG